CGUGGAACAAAAAUCAAUAGAAACAUCGUGAAUGCUCUAUACCGACUAGUGGGUUUAACAGAUCAGUGUUGUCAUCCGUCUGUAAACACGGUACAAACAAGCAAAGUCGCAAAUUAGGCCAAGCUGUUCUUCGUUUUUAAGUCAAAUCUUAAGCCUGUUUUUAGAGAAAAAAAUAUAAAAGAAAUGCCAGUGUCACCACCAUCCGCAGCUUCGGACAAUCAUGGGAAAUCUAGGCCGAGCACUUGCGCAUCAAGUAACUCACGGGAAACGUGGAUGACAGCAAGAGGUUCGAACCGCAUGGGCAAGGGAAUUCUCGUAUUUACAGGUCCAGAUGGUCGCAAAAAUCAGGACGUGAAAAUACCCGAAGACAAGAGAUACAUUGGCAUCGGUGAAGUAUCUGCUGAGAAAUCCAGCGAGUUGAUUUACCUUUACCGGCCAGCUACUGGAGCUCCUUUCCACCGGGCCAAGGCUGAUAUUCCCGGCUCCAUCGGGUGGGGGUUACCCAGGAAGGGAGACCCUAGAACCUGGCCUGUACACAUGAAUAUAUGCUCAGAAGAGGAAUUUAAAACAACGAGGAAGAACUCAGAAGGCAUAUGGAACAAUAGGUGAUGAUGCAGCAGAGGGAAUAGACGAUCAUCAGUGUUGAAAGCAGCCUGAGAAAAACCAUCACACGAAACGAUUGUGGUGAAAGUAGUCUAGCUGCCAUACAGUGUUUAUUCACUCAAUCCACUUCAGACAUUUCCAAAUCACACACGUGCACUUCACAGCAAUUCAGCUUCGACCGUACACCUUGGUGACUGUUAUCACACACUUUGGCGCAAGUGGUUUAGAAUUCAUGAUCGGAAUUAAGGAGUUUGUCUCAUAGAUACAUCGUGAAAGAAAAAGCUCCUCUGAACUACAAAGGGAGACUGCGAGUGUCUGAGCUGAUGAGCAAAAUCAGAACACUGGAAUCUUCACAGUUAUAAGUAUAGUUCUGUGUAUAUCAUUCUUCUAGUGCCCCAUUAAAGGCAGUGGACACUAGUGGUAAUAGCUCAAAAUAAUUAUUAUCAUAAAACCUUUCUUGGU